AAAAUCCAGCCGUUCUGGCGUUACCUUUGGCUUUUGCAAGAGGGGAACUAUCUUGCUAUGUGCCAUACCUUGACUCUUUGAUUACUGGCAGCGCUGUAGACUAGAGAAGCCAAGAUGGCAUCAAGCAAUUAUUUCGGCUUCACCCAUGCCACCGGUGCCCAGUACAGUACCCAGCCUACCCCAGCCUACUCUCAUCCCUCAACAGCUACUUACAGUGUCCAGCAGGCUCCCACAGUGCCUCAUGCCGUGACCGCCUCAUACUCUCCAGCCACAGUGCAGGCGGCCCAGCCUGUAGUCAGUUCUCCUUACGCCUAUCAGAGCCACCAGCCCCCUCAGGAUUAUAACUACAGGCAACCAGACCCCCCGGCACCACCUCUGCCCACCACCACACAGCAGACGUAUCAGGUGUACUCUGACACGCAGGAUAACUACAACUAUGCCCGACCUGCUGUUGUGACCACAUAUGACAAUAAACAGUACUACCAGACGAGUAUUGCUUCUGCCCAGAGGAGUACUGCUGACAAUUACUACCAAACUGUCGGCGUGAAAAGUGCUUACACUCCAGCCCCCACCACCGCAUACAGCCACCCAUCUCCUCUCCAGAGGCAGGUUACAACGAUGAAACCACUGACGCCUAGCAGCUUGGUGUCCACCAGCUAUAAUAUCUACUCACCGUCCAGCAGUGCGCAGCAACCGCAAACUUCCAUUUCAUCCUAUAAGCCUGGCUCCACCUUCAGCUCGACCGCUUCAGCCACCUCAUACUCUGGCCAUAGCUACUCUACGUAUGGGUCAACUGGCUACACCUCUACAUCUGCCACCUAUUACCGCUCAGCCCAGCAGUCUUCGGCCCAGCCUCCACACCAACGAAAGCAACAGCCGCCACCCCAACAGCCUCAACAACAACCACGCUCCAAGCAACUGACGAGCGCUUCUUGGAGCAAUCCCGGUAGCAACAUGGUGACGACUUCAAUGGGAAGCACCUACAAAAGGCCUGCAUUUCACCAGAACAAGCUGCCGAAGCCUAAAGGACCCGCCAAGCCACCCCAGCUUCAUUACUGUGACAUUUGUAAGAUAAGCUGUGCAGGCCCUCAGACUUAUUGGGAGCACCUUGAGGGCCAGAAACAUAAGAAAAAAGAAGCUGCUCUGAAGACUGGCAGUCAGACGGGGGCUUGCAAUGGAACCAAAGGGGUUCAAACUCACUUACGAUGCGAGUUGUGUGAUGUGUCCUGCACUGGAAUUGAUGCCUACACUGCGCACAUCCGGGGCGCCAAACACCAGAAGGUGUUGAAACUGCACACCAAACUGGGCAAGCCUAUUCCCUCCACUGAGCCUGUUUUGGUGAAGACAUCAACAACUACCAAGCUAUCGGGCUCCUCCACCGACGUGGCCUCGGAAGCAAACACUGCUGCGUCUACUGCCGCACCCAAACCUUCUUUAAACACUGCAGCAAAAACAAUUACAAAUGUGAAGAAACUCGUUCCGUCCAAGUUAACUUUGACUGCGUGUAAACCAGCCAGUGCUCAAGCAGCUUUGACAGCCGCACCACCUCUGGCGGCAGCGGGGAAUGUAGAGCCAACUGUGCCAGAAGAUUAUAUCAAGGUCCAGGGGGACAUCCAGCCAGUUGGGAAUGACUAUGUUGAGGAGGUGCAUAACAGCGACGGCAAAGUGAUUUGGUUCCAUUGUAAACUAUGUGAGUGUAGUUUCAAUGAUCCAAAUGCUAAAGACAUGCACCUGAAGGGAAGACGGCACAGACUUCAAUACAAGAGGAAAGUGAACCCAGAGCUCCCAGUGGAAAUUAAAGCCAAUAACCGAAACAGAAAGCUUCAGGAGAUUAAUCUGAAGAAGCAGAAGGCGUUGCUGAAAAGACAGCAAGAAGACCAGCAGCGCUGGCACAUGGAAAUGAGGCGAUACGAGGAGGACAUGUACUGGAGAAGAAUGGAGGAGGAGCAUAUGUACUGGGGGGAGCAGAGACGCAGUAUGGCUCCCCCACCUCUCAUGAGCCACCCUGGUAUGCCUGUGCCCCCUCUGCUGCCUUGUAUGAGGCGACCAGGUUCACCCGAUGACCGCCUUGUGAUGGCCAAACAUGCCACUAUUUACCCGGGGGAGGAGUUGUUGCAGGCUGUCCAGAGGAUUGUCUCCCACUCUGAACGAGCCCUGAAGAUGGUGUCAGACAAUCUGUUUGAGGAGAACACCUCUACUGCUGCUACUGAGAAUGAAGACGUGAAAAGCACUGGGACCUCCACACAUCUGUUAAAAGGUGUCAUGCGUGCGGGCAUCUUGGCCAAAGGCCUGCUACUUCGGGGCGACACGAAUGUUCAUCUCAUCCUUCUCACCAUCAAGAAACCCACCGUCUCCUUACUUAUGAGCAUUGCUAAGCAGCUGCCCAAAGAAAUGGCGACAUUUUCUGAAGAUCAGUAUGAGGUGCAGGCUCACCCAGAGGAGGCCAACAUCGUCAUUAUAUCGAGCAAGGAGCCCAUAAUGCGAGUGACCAUUUCUCUCACAUCGCCACUCAUGAGGGACGACCCUGCUGCUGAGAAGGACAAGCAGGCAGGAGGAAAAGCGGCUGAGAAAGAUGUGGCAGACAAUGAUCCGACCGAUCUUCUGAAUAGGCAAAAAUGUUUGGAACACUUGGCCACACUGCGUCAUGCCAAAUGGUUUCAGGCUCGUGCCAAUGGGCUGCAGUCUUGUGUGAUCAUCAUUCGAGUCUUGCGUGAUUUAAGUCAGCGAGUACCCGUCUGGGCGAAAGUUCCGAGCUGGGCGAUGGAGUUGCUGGUGGAGAAGGUUAUCGGCAGUGCCACGGGCCCGCUUAGCCCAGGAGAAGCUUUGCGCAGGGUGCUCGAGUGUAUGGCCACAGGGAUACUGCUAUCAGAUGGCUCUGGAUUGUUGGACCCCUGCGAGAGAGAGCCGACAGACGUUUUGGAAAGCAUGAAAGUUCAAGACAGGGAGGACGUAACCGCAAGCGCGCAGCAUGCACUACGGCUACUUGCCUUCCGUCAGAUCCAUGAGGUACUUGGCAUGGACUCUGGGCCUGUGACCAAGGCCGGCGUUCGCAUCCGCAAACGCCGACGGGACGCUAGCGAUAUAAGCGAUGGGGAAGUGGAAGGCAAGAAGGACAAAAAGGAAGAGGAGGUCAUGAGUGCUUGACAUUCUGAAAGGCAGCUUUCUAAUUUAGUAUCUGAUACAUUAAAAAUAAAAGAAUUGAGCUGAGGGAUGAAGGAUCAUUUCCUGAAAAAUCAAUAUUCAUUGAGUAAGAACUGCAACUCCUUUCCCCUAUAUGAUUAUUACUUAUAUCUGUAUAGAAAUUUUAGAAUGUGCAAAAACGAGUGGCUGAUUGCAUCAUUCCAUUCCAUUUCAUUUUUAUUACAUCUCUAAUUAGUCAGAAUAGAUAACUCGCACCUCUCCGCUUCCUUUUUUUCCUUUAUUUUAUUUAACCAUUAAACUCAGUCGACAAAGGUUGAUAGUUUUAAGGGGGCACCAUCAUGGCUGUGAAGAGUAUGCGGUAUAAACUGUUUGAAUUCAAAAAGAUCAAAUGUUUCCUGAAAUCUGUCAAACUAUAGAAAGUCAUAUGAGGUGCCUUAAGCCAAAAUCAAAUUUAAUGAAUUAAUGGACGUCCAGCUGAGGAGCAAAAAUGUCUUUGAGAUGUCUGUUUCAUAUAGUGGUCAACAAAUGAAAAAGAACGCACCUAUCCAGUAAUUACUGUGUACCGUCUGUAAACUUUUCAGAAGAGAUGUAUGACUAAUUCCUGAGCAAUGAUCUUGUGGUUAGGAACUUUUGUGCCUGCUUAUCGGUGCAGGCUGCAGUACACUGAAGACGGAGGAGGAAAGAUGACGUCUCACGUCACUGCAACGUGAGCUAACGAAGGGACGAUUGCACAAAAAUUUUCUUUAAAGGUCCUGUAUGAAUGAUUUCGUAGCAAUUGUCACGAGCAACUAUUUUAGUUGUCUGUCUCUCUUAUGUUUGAAUGGAAAAUAUUCCCGUCUUCGUUUUUUUCUUUCUUUUGAACAGGUUUUUAA